CUCUUUCUGUAAUCCUGUUUUCUUCCUCCUCUUUGAUAGUGGUUGUUAUUUUAAAACAGAUACUUGAAUUUUCUGAAAUGUCUUUACCAUGAUUUUCACCUGCUUAGUUUUUUUCUGGGUAAAUGUUUUUUGGUCUUUUGUUCGUUUUUCCUGUUGCUUCUCUGUCUUCCCUCCCUUUCUUUUGUGGUGUUUGUAUACGACCUUUGGCUGGUCUCUUUGAGUUCUUUCCUCAUCCUGGAAUGAGGGGAGUUCUUCUGGGCCGCUGUGCUUGUGAGUUUGGGCCGGGCGCGGGUGAAGCGGGUCUGGGCGAAGCUGCUUCUGCGUGGGUCUUUCUGCUCGCCGCCGAUGGCAGAGCUGCCUCAUCUGACCCUGUGGCCUGUGCUGUCAGGGCGGCUGGGGCUCGGACAGGGGGGCUUCUCCGCUCUUCUCUGCUCAGACUGGGCUUGUUCCACGCGGGGGCGCCCUGCUUCGGCUCUUCUCUGGAGACCCGCGUGGCUGGCCUGCGAUCUGGAGUCAGCGGUCCCCUGCUUCUUGGUGUCCUCUCUUGUCUCGGGAUGGGGGGUGUUACUGCCCUUCGCAACUCGCUGCAGGUCUCCUCAGCUUCAGGGUGUGUGGGUGCUGCCUUAUCGAAGGUAGCGUUUCCUUUUCUGUGUCUGGUUCUUGUUUUGGGGGUGGCUAGUAAGAGCAAGAGUGUUUAGAGAGGUCUUUGCUCUGCUGUGUCAAAGCUCCUAAGCCAGCCUUUAAGACCGUUUCUUAAAGUGCAGAUUUCCUUAGCGUGCUCCCUGGGUGUGCCCUACCUGUGAAAUUAGGAAAAGACAGAACCGCCACUGAAUACACCAGAAAACCGAGAGUAUCUCGCGGAAAUUAUGUUUGAAUCGUUCAACGUCCCAGGACUCUACAUUGCGGUUCAGGCAGUGCUGGCCCUGGCCGCCUCGUGGACAUCGCGACAGGUGGGCGAACGCACGUUAACGGGGAUCGUCAUCGACAGUGGGGACGGGGUCACCCAUGCCAUCCCAGUGGCAGAAGGCUACGUGAUUGGGAGCUGCAUCAAGCACAUCCCCAUCGCAGGGCGGGAUAUCACCUAUUUCAUCCAGCAGCUGCUGCGGGAGCGGGAGGCGGGGAUCCCCCCGGAGCAGUCGCUGGAGACCGCCAAAGCCAUCAAGGAGAAAUACUGCUACAUCUGCCCUGAUAUAGUCAAGGAGUUCGCCAAGUACGACGUGGAUCCUCGGAAGUGGAUCAAACAGUACACGGGGAUCAACGCCAUCAACCAGAAGAAGUUUGUCAUAGAUGUCGGCUACGAAAGGUUCCUGGGCCCUGAGAUUUUCUUUCACCCGGAGUUUGCCAACCCGGAUUUCAUGGAGUCCAUCUCGGAGGUGGUUGAUGAAGUCAUACAGAACUGCCCCAUCGACGUUCGCCGUCCGCUGUAUAAGAAUGUCGUUCUUUCGGGAGGCUCCACGAUGUUCAGGGAUUUUGGACGUCGCCUGCAGAGAGACUUAAAGAGGGUGGUGGACGCCAGGCUGAAGCUCAGUGAGGAGCUCAGCGGCGGCAGGAUAAAGCCCAAGCCUGUGGAGGUCCAGGUGAUAACGCACCACAUGCAGCGCUACGCCGUGUGGUUCGGAGGCUCCAUGCUGGCCUCAACUCCGGAGUUCUUGCAGGUCUGCCACAGCAAGAAGGACUACGAGGAGUGCGGCCCGAGCAUCUGCCGCCACAACCCCGUCUUCGGGGUCAUGUCUUAGUGGCGGCUUGGGCGCCGCCCCCGCAGUGGUGUCGUCGGAGCGCAAGUGUCCUUCAGACCCGGAGUCGACGGGCCCUGUACAUAGAGCGCGAGCGUGGUGUCCCAGUGCAUGCGGCGCCGCCCGCCGGACAGCUGCCAAGCCAUCUGCGCGCCCGCCCCGCCCUCGCCCCGCCCUCGCCCCGCCCCUGC